AUGUACUUCUCGACUUGGGAGACCUUCCACACUCACACCUUGUACCUGGGCUACUUCAAUGGCCCGACCGAGGGUCUCCUCAUUUGCAUUUCGAUCAUGAUCGCCUCUGGUAUCUGGGGCCCCGGUAUUUGGGCGCAACCCAUCACCGAUCUUAUCAACAUCCCCGCUAUCUUCGGCGAUAACUCCGUCAAGGACCUGUGGAUCCCCAUUCUCCUUGGCGGCUUCUUCUUGGCCCACCUGCCCGGAUGUGUCUACAACGUCUAUGUGGCUCGUCGCAAGCAAGGCCUGCCUUUGACCCCCCUGUUGAAGGAGUGGGUGCCCAUGAUCGGCUUCACCCUCUGCUGCAUGCUUUGGAUGUUCUCUCCCUACUCUGGCAUUCUCGCAGAGAACCAUCUCGUUCUGUUCUGUGUGACUAUCUCUUUCGUCUUCGGCCGCAUGACCACCAUGAUUAUCCUGGCCCAUCUGCUGAAGCAGGACUUCCCUUACUGGACUGUCCUGCAGGCUCCCCUGGUCCUCGGUGCCCUCCUAGUCAACCUGCCUCGCAUCGGUAUUCCUUUCCCCAUGUGGCUCGAGUUGUGGUACUUGCGUGUGUACUUCGUGUUCGCUUUCGUCCUGUACAGCUACUGGGCCGUCUUGGUCAUCAACCGUAUCACCACCUUCCUGGGCAUCAACUGUCUCACCAUCCGCAAGGACCGUGGCGCCGAGCGUGACCGUGCCUACCGUGAGUUUGGCGAGUCUGGUCUCCCUCUCAACGCUGGUCGCGACAGCAUUCAGAUCGAGGACGAGGAUGAUGGGUUCAAGAGCCACUAA